CUAAUUAGAACAAGGAAAAACUAAAAAUAUAUAUUUAAUAAAGUUAAAGAUGAGAUGAGUAAAUAAAAAUUAAUCAGUGUAGAUAAAUUUCAUCACAAUAACAGAAAUCAUCAUGUCGAAGACAAACGAACCAAGCUCUCCUGUCCAAAAGGUGUGGAAACCAGAAUUGUAUAAAAUACAAUUGGAAGCACCAACACCCAAACCAUUACAUUGUAACAAGUUUAACUCUUAUGAUGAGCAGGACGAAAAAAUACCUAAUUUUUAUGGUAUGGAAUAUCAUGGACGUAUGGGACAUUUGGAGGCUGAGGAAAUAUUGAAAAACAAAGCAGAUGGAACAUAUCUGCUUCGCCGUAGUCCUACAGCAAAGGAUUAUUACACGUUGAGCUUACGUUUCAAUAAGAAGACAAAACAUUUUAAAAUUUAUUAUAAAACUGGUAAAGGUCAUUAUUUGCAAGAACAAUCAAAACAUUUUGACACCAUACACGACCUAGUUGCCGAUGGUUUGGUGAGCUUUUAUAUGUUACUGCAUGCUGCACCCAUUAUACAGGAGAUUAAUCAACAGACUGGUAAUUGUUAUCAGCAAAGUCCCUACAUGACGUUAAAUAGAAGAAAAUUACGAGCACUUUCAAAUGAUUUACGAAAAUCUCUAAUCAAACAAACGAAUGGCUCUGCCAAAGACGAGGCCAGUUUACAGUCUGAGGCCGGAAACACAACUGAAUUGGAUGGUUGUUCACAGAGUUCUGCAAAAACCAAGGACAAUACGGAUGAUACAAUUCUACCGUUUAUUUACGAAAAAGAUCAUGCUUUUAAGGUGCACACUUUUAAAGGUCUAAAUUGGUGCGAGGUUUGUGCAAAUUUUCUGUGGGGCUUCACAGCACAAGGUGUUAAAUGUGAAGAUUGUGGCAUAAUCGCACAUAAUAAAUGUUCGGAAUUAGUGCCAGCUAAGUGUGUACCUGAUCUAAAGCGUAUACGCGGAGUUUUUGGCACUGAUCUCACAAUUGUAGCCCAAUUAUAUCAAUGUUCCAUUCCAUUUGUUGUUCGACGUUGCGUGGAGGAGGUGGAAGCUCGUGGAAUGCUUCAGGAGGGCAUAUAUCGAGUAUCGGGCUUUGCAGACGAAAUUGAUGCUCUCAAGCUGGCUCUCGACAGUGAUGGCGAAAAAACUAAUAUGUCUGAAUCAGCAUAUGGCAAUAUUAAUGUUAUUGCAGGUACCCUAAAGUUGUAUUUACGUUUGCUGCCCGUACCAUUGAUAACUUUUCAAGCUUAUCCCAAUUUUAUGGAAGCAGCACGGAAUAAUAAUCAAGAGGAACAAAUUAAACAAAUGAGUGAAGCGGUCAAAAAUCUCCCUUUAGCCCAUUAUAAUUGCUUGAAAUUUAUGAUGGAACACCUAAAAAGAGUCGCCUCACAUUAUGCCGUAAAUAAAAUGAAUGAACAUAAUUUAGCCACAGUAUUUGCACCAACAUUAAUAGCUACGCCACAACAUCUUACCAAUUUAACGGAGGAAAUAUUUAUGCUGUCUUCAUUAAUUACGAAUUGUCCCCUUAUUUUUAACUAAAAAUCUUAUAAUGUGUAAUGUAUCUAAACUAUUGAUGUGCGAUUAAUCGGUAAAUUCCGAGUAAUCAAAGUUUUUGAUUAUUAAUUGAAUAAUCUCGCAGACUGUCCAGAAUUCAAUUCCGAACGAAAGUGGAAUUAAUUUGUGUUAAUUUCAUAGAUAUACAAUUAUUUCAUUAAUAUCUAUGUAACUAAAUUCUCCAACAAUUUGAUUAAUCGAUUCAUUGCACAUACCUAAUCUAAACGAAUUUAAAGUAUAUUUAUUAACAAUCGUAACAUUUUUAUAAUUUAUACAUAGUAGUAAUCUUGCACCAAAGUAUUCUUUAUUAUUUUCUUCAUAAAAUGUCAUCCAAAAAGCAAAACACCCUCAUCACGACAACAUCCCACCCAAAAACACCUAUUAACUCAAAGAGCAUUUAUUGUACAAUAAAUUUUUGUACUUUUUAUACGAAAAAUUAACAUGAAAUAAAUUAUAUAUAAAAAUAAUAUA